UUCAUCCCUGGAAGAAAAUGAGGUGGGUCCUGAUGGAAAGAAAAAAGGACAGAAAAAGGCUAAAAAGAACACAAAAUCGAAGGCAAAUCAAAGAAAAAAUAGUAAGAAAUCAAAUGCUCCUCAAAAUGGUAAUGAUUUGUCUGCAAAAAUAUUUGCCACAAUGGAAAAGCAUAAAGAAGUAUUCUUCGUUAUUAGAUUACAUUCUGUUCAAUCAGCUGCCAGCUUGAAGCCAAUUCAAGACCCUGAUCCUUUUAUCAACUGUGAUCUCAUGGACGGACGGGACGCGUUUUUAACGCUUGCCCGGGAAAAACAUUACGAGUUUUCAUCUUUAAGACGAGCAAAAUACAGCACAAUGUCCAUGCUGUAUGAAUUACAUAACCAAGGACAAGAUAAAUUUGUAUAUACUUGCAACAACUGUAAAGCACAUGUGGAAACUAGAUAUCAUUGUACAUUUUGUGAAGAUUUUGACUUGUGCAUUCAUUGUUAUGAGAAAGAUGGCCAUCCUCAUAAGAUGGUGAAACUUGGGUUAGACAUAGACGAUGGCAGUUCGCCAACAGACAGCAAAGCCAAUCCUGGCGAAGCAAGAAAAUUGUCUAUUCAGCGGUGUAUUCAGUCAUUGGUGCACGCUUGUCAAUGCCGAGAUGCAAACUGCCGUUUGCCAAGCUGUCAGAAGAUGAAACGUGUGGUAACGCAUACGAAGGUGUGCAAAAGAAAAACGAACGGAGGUUGCCCUAUUUGUAAACAACUUAUUGCACUGUGUUGUUAUCACGCUAAACACUGCCAAGAAACCAAAUGCCCCGUCCCAUUCUGUUCGAAUAUAAAACACAAGCUCAAACAACAACAGUUACAACAGAGAUUGCAACAAGCACAAUUGCUCAGAAGGAGGAUGGCAGUAAUGUCCAAGACAAACUCGACAAAUGCUCUUCCUUGUGCUACCAAUGUGCCAAUGAGUGGAGGCGUGGUGCAGUCAGUACUGCCAGGUUCGGUUAGUCCUGCUAGCACUAUGAAUACUGGUUUACCCAAUCCAUCAAUGGGUAUUCAAGCUCCACAUCAAGCAGGUAUUGGUUCGAAGCCAGGUACACAUACCCCACCAGCGAAUGUACUUCAAGUCGUCAAACAAGUGCAAGAGGAAGCUGCUAGGCAACAAGCUCCACAUGUCGGUUAUGGCAAAGUCACUCCUAAUCAGGUUCCUGGACAAAGUAUGCCUCCUCCACAAAUAAGAAACAUGGGCCAUUUGGGAGCAGGACAAGAAUUUCUCGAGCACUUCGACAGUUACCUCACUGCCUUGAUACCGCAGUAG